AUGGAGUUGUUUUCUCUCCCAAUUUGUCUUCUUGUGUUGAAAGGCAUUGUUACAUGGAGUAUAUUUCAAGUCAGGAUCACUAGCAGUGCGAAGGGUUCGUCUCAUUCUUCAGCAUCUCGAGACUUCACAGCUUUGAGUGCAGAAACUCUGGCUUUGAAGACUGGUAUAUCGGAGUUCGAUCGUUUUGGAAUCAGAAGAUUAAAUGUCUUCUUUGAUUGCAAGGUGUUGUGUUUGCACCUCUCGGCAGGAAGCUCACCUUUGGAGCUCAAGGGACUUCUACAAGUUAUUAGAAGUAUCUUUGGUCCGUAUGUUCACAGGCCGUUACAAACACAAUGUUCAGUGUCUCCGAUUUCUGAUCAAAGAAAGAAUGUUGCAGCAAGUCAAGAUGAUAACAUUGUGCUAAUCAACAAAUACAAUUCAUCUAAAACUCCUCCAAAUGCUCCAAGAAGAAAUGAGGCUGGUUUUUUCACUAGAGCUGACUCACCGGCUCCACCAUUUAGCAAACAGAUGAACUUUUGGCCAGGACAGAGUUCUUACCUAAAGCCAAUUCCAGUCAACACUAUACAGUUCAAGAGUCUUAACGCAGCUUAUGCCUCUGCCAUGGCUCCUGCUUCAGUCUCCCCAAGCCCUAGUUCUGUUAGCCGGCAUGAGUACAGUUCCAGAUUUCACCCAUUCAACGGUAGACCAGAAGGUUUCCAAGAGCGUGAUGGUUCCGCCGAUCAAGAUAAGAGAAGACACAUCUCUUCUGCUACCAAACAGAGUGCAGUAGGCAAUCACUGUAGUGGCAACUACAUUGAUCAUCAACAACAACUAGAGAAGAAGAAGAACGAAGACGGGUAUCCAUCGUCUGUUGGGAAAAUCUAG